GCGGGGCUCGAACCCCCGGGCCGGGGCAGGCGUGCUGGAGAGGACGGGCGUUCCGAGUUCGAGUCUCGCCUCCACCGCUUCCAAACUGACUUUGGGGGCCUUACUUAGUCCCCCCCCAGCUUCAGUUUUGUCCUCUGGAGAAUGGGAAUGAGUAUUGCCAUCUUGGGGCCCACAUUUCAGGAUUUGGCAACAAAUGUGAACCGCAACAUCAGCAGUCUUUCUUUGAUUUUUGUGGGCCGAGCCUCUGGAUAUUUGAGUGGCUCUGUGAUUGGAGGGGUUCUUUUCGACUGUAUGAAUCACUUUCUGCUUUUGGGGGUGUCCUUGUUGGCCACCACCGCCGGUCUUUAUGUUGUUCCAUUUUGUAAGUCGGCAGUCCUGCUGAUUGUCAUGAUAUCUGUCUUUGGUGUUUCAAUGGGAAUUCUGGAUACAGGUGGUAACGUGCUAAUCUUGGCUAUUUGGGGGGACAGAGGAGCUCCACACAUGCAGGCCUUACACUUCAGUUUUGCCUUGGGUGCCUUUUUGGCUCCACUGCUGGCUAAAUUGGCAUGGGGGACGGCGGUGUCUGCUGACAACCACACAGAGGUCGACUCUCGGCAACCUGCCCUGAACCAGUCCUCCGGAGCUGACUCGGACGUGCUACUCGGAGUGCCUGACAACAUGACUUUACUGUGGACUUACGUUAUCAUCGGUACUUAUUUAUUUGUAGUUUCUAUCUUUUUCCUUGCUCUGUUUUUAAAGAAAAGUUCAAGGAGAGAAACAGCGAGAGCAACUGCUCAGAGGUUUCGAAAAGCUAAAUAUCACCACGCCCUUCUUUGUCUCCUUUUCCUCUUCUUCUUCUUUUAUGUUGGAGCCGAGGUGACCUAUGGCUCCUACGUUUUCUCAUUUGCAACCACCCACGUUGGCAUGACAGAAAGUGCAGCGGCUGGGGUAAACUCCAUGUUCUGGGGCAGCUUUGCGGCCUGCAGAGGUCUGGCCAUCUUCUUUGCGGCCUGUUUACAACCCGGAACCAUGAUUGUGUUGAGCAACGUUGGCAGCCUGGCUUCGUCGCUCUUUCUGGUGCUUUUCGACAAGAACCCCAUUUGUCUCUGGACGGCCACUGCCGUGUAUGGGGCCUCGAUGGCAACCACGUUUCCCAGCGGUGUUUCCUGGAUCGAGCAGUACACGACCAUCCACGGGAAAUCCGCGGCGUUUUUUGUCAUCGGCGCGGCCUUGGGAGAAAUGGCGAUUCCCGGGGUGAUUGGGACCCUCCAGGGAAGGUACGAAGAUUUGCCCAUCGUCCUGUACACCUCCUUGGGGGCGGCAGUCGCCACGGCCGUUUUAUUUCCCGUGAUGUACAAACUAGCCACCUUCCCUCUGGAGGGUCAAGGGAAAGAACACAGGAAGAGCGAGGACCAGAGAGCUCUGCUGUCUAGCUCUGAGCUCAAUGACUAUGAGGAGGACAUUGAGGACGAGGACGCAGAAAAAUGGAAUGAAAUGGAUUUCGAAGUGAUUGAAAUGAACGCCACAAUGAGGAAUUCUGUAAUGGAGACGUCUGGACAUACUUUGAUGGAGCCUGCAGCUGACCUUUUCAGCCUGUCUCAUUCCAACGGCCUAGAGCUGGAGUGGGCCUCACCACUUAUCCCCGGCGACUCUCCUGGCAGUGACAGGCCAGGUAACCAGGACAGGAGGGACUGACGCUGAGAGAAGAGGGAGUUACCCUGACUUUUUGAAAAUUAUACUUCUGAGGAGGCCAGUCAGAGCAGAGCUUUAGCAGAAGCUCAGCAUGCUCUGAGAUUCGGGUUUGCUAAAGGUUUUGAAACAUUUUGUAUGCCAGAGCCUUCUAUAAAGGAACCGAUUGUCCCAUACAGCGGCAUCUUGUAAAGGCCAGUGUUUGCACGGGGCUGGCUGAGCAGUAUUUUAUGGUUUUCUCCCUCGGCAUGCAAAGCAAGCAUUUAUUUUGACCACUUGGCUACCAUCGUAGUAGCAAAGCCCUUAGUAAUCAAUGUCAGUCAUAGGUAUUCUGGCAGGCAAAUUAGGCAGCGUCAUUUCACAAAAGAGUGUCUUUGCAAACAGAAGUUUUGUUCAUUGCUUUUCCCUGUCCAUAGCAUUGCACCAACAGAUUCUAAUAAGUCUGGUUCAGUAUUUUAUGAAGAGGAUACGAGUCAGUGCUCUAGAGGUUCUGUUCAAGUCUCGAUGCUGCUGACCAGCUUUUGGGCUAUGCAUUCAGCCACUUCACUCACUUAGGACUCAUUUAUCUCAUCUCAUCAGUGCCUCUAGAAGUGAAAUACAAGUGAUACUCAAGUAGAUUUUAAAGUUUGUGCAAGAUGUCUGCUGGAAAUAAUAUAAGUGCCACCCAUUCUUCAUUAAAAUGAGAAGUGAAACAACAGUAAUAGCUUUACGAAAGGGCUGCUGAUUAUGACCACAUCAGUGGAAAGAGAUUCAAUGUUUUUACUGUGUUUGAAUAAUUAUCUGAAGGACACAAUUUAGUAUUGUUAUUGAUUCUAAGUGUACCUUUGUUGACAUUUGAACAUCUUUGAAAUAAGAGUAUGUUUUCAAAUCAAUGAACAUAUAACAUUGUGACAAACUUUGAUUGAAUGUUUUCCAUAUACAAAAUAAUGUUGCAUGUAACAAUCAGUGUCUUAUAUUCAGCGAAAUACAGUGAUUCAUUCAGUUAUGCAGAUUGUGCAUAACAUACAGAUGUUUUAAAGUUAUUUUUGUAUGCUGAUUUUUUUCUAUUAUGUUCCAAAGGGAUUUGGAGAUAAAUGUUCUGCUUUCAAAAUCUGUCUCAGAGUUUCUUAGUAAGUAAUAGGGCUGUGGAUAGGGUCUCUUGUGGUCUUAACCUACCUCAGAAACAGAGUCUGAGUCUGAGUCCUGGGGUUCUGGAUUUGCUGCUUCUCAUUGAGUCUGACUGGUAAAGUCACAUGAUAAGCACUGUAGACCAGACUGCUAGUUUAAUUUUCAACGAGGUGCAGUCUUUUCUGGUGAUAGAAGACUGAUAUCAACCAUGGAGAGCUGCUCCUUCCUCUAUGUGAAAUAACUGUCAAGCCAAAUUAAUGAUGCAGAGGUUCUCGAUGGCCCAGGAGUCAGGAUCAGAGGGGGACCUCAUAGGAGUCUGGCUAGGCUGUUGUGAGCCAGCCUUUGAGAAAUGAUGAGCAUUGAUGAUAGAUGUUGUUCACAUCUCUUUACCAGAAUUUAUGGUAUCUGUUCCUGCCUGGCUACAGUAUGUUUGUUUUCUUUGACCUAAUUCUUACUAAUGUGCCUUUGUUUGUCAUUAAGUGAAGUACAGUGCCUUUCUGGACCACUGCCAUUUCACCUUAUGCCCUGGCCACAACACUACUUCUUGUUACUAAUCUAACAGUUUCUGGAGGAAGUAAGAGUAAAAAGUCUGUUCUUGGUCUGUACACACUGUGCUUCUCUCUUAGCUAGAACUUGGAGACUGCUUGUCCUCCACUUGCUGGUUUUCUUCAGGUUCUUGAAAUUUGGGAGUGGUACCUAUUGGCAAAGAGGAGGCUUACUAGAAGAGAGAUUUUCCUGUAGUGUCCACAGGGAAGGGGUAGAAGAUUCAGUUCAAGGAGAGAUGGCUUGACUUAAGAACGUGGUAGAAAUGUGAAAGUCCAUACUGGAAAGUCCACUUCCACAAAUCAUAUUGAGCAUGGCCCUAUGAGAUUAUAGGCUUUUAAUGUUUGAUAGUGUAUUUCCAUAUUGGAAGGAUGAGAUUUGGUACAAUUCCAAGAAUUAAUACUCAUUCUAAUAGUCAUUUCUUAGGUAAGUGUCUGAGACCCACAACCAACCACUACUGGCAUUUUCUCUUGCUAAGUAACAAAUCCUCACCAGUUAGCAGCUUAAAACUACAGACAGUUUGUGUUUUCCCGUUUCCUUGGGUCAGAAAUGUAGGCACAAUGUCGCUGGGUCCCUUGUUCAUGGUGGCCCAGGUCUGCAGUCACCUGCUGGACAGAGCUGUGUUCCCUUUGGAGCUUGGAGUUCCCUUGCAGGGCCUCAUGGUGGCAGGCAGUCUUCACUUCCUUGCCAUGGUCAACUGAGGGGCCUGCUUCUUGCUGCCUGCCAGGUGGCACCUCCCCUAGUGCCCUGGGCCAUGUUCCUCUCGAGACCCCUCAUGGUGGGUGGCCUGCUGCUUCAGAGCCAGCUGUAGGCUCUUGUCCAAGUCUGCCUGGCUGGCGCCUUGGACAACAUAAGGUUGUCCAUUGUCACCUUUACCACUUUCUGUUGGCAGAGUAUGUCCCAGGUUCUGCCCAAACUCAAGGGGAGAGGCUGGUACAGAAAUGUGAGUCUUUGGGGGUCAUCUUGAGUCUUUGGGGGUCAUCUUGUGCGUCACUACUCUGGGGUGAGGCAAAAUAAAAGAUGAAGCAAGGUACCGACUGAGCUGGGGGAGAAAAGCUUCAGUAUCUCCAGGGACUGGAGAUUCAGCUUAAAUUCAGCUUAAAUCAGUAAAAGUCAGCUUUUCUUGGUAACAUCCAGAACAUUUUUUUUUUAAAGAUUUAUUUAUUUUUAUACAAGAGCUGGGGUACAGGUCAAGGCGCGGGAGGGUAAGAGAAUUCACCAGAGACAGAGCUGGGAGCAGAACAGUCAGAAGAUCUGAAAUAUACUGCUGAGGGUAGUAGUGGGCGCAACAGGAGAGGUCUGCCACGCCAUGUGGGAUUCUUCUCCCUGGCUCUCCAGGAAUCGAACCUGCGCUGCAGAGGCUGCAAACAGCUUCAAAGCGCUGUGUUCAACCUGCUGCGCCACCAGGGAGGCCUGCAUCCAAGAACACUUUGAGCGCACAUUUUGCAAUCACUGUUGUUUUCCAAACAAAUUUUAUUAUAUUUUAGUUUUUGUUAUAAAUGUACCUCGUUAUAAAAUGGUAAUGGCAGAUUAGGGAUAAGGGACAAAUAACCCACAAUCUAAACUAGAGAAGUCCUUACAUUUCUCAUCAACAAAAUAUCUUAAUGGUUAAAAAAAAAAAAAAUUGAGAUAAAUUGUCAGAAACAACUUGAGGUUUAUGUCUAGAAUCUAUUAACACCACAGUUGGUAGAUAGGUUUUUCAUUUGACUUGUUUGUUUAUUAAAUAAAACAAACAUAGUUGGCAGGUGACCAGUACAGCAACGCAUCUUCAAAAUUGUUGAGACCCAGAUUACGUGUAAAAUGAUCAUUUUUCAGAGGAACUCAUUAACUAAUAUGGGUUGUUCUGUCAUAGCUAGAACUUUUGCUUUACAAUAGCGUUGUGUUACCCAAUGCUGCCCCUUAAGAUUACUUCUGAAAUAGAGUAUAACAUUUUUAAUGGGCAUAGAUGAGAUAUAUACUUGGAGAUGUCCUGUAUCUGUGUUUAAGUACCACUUGUUUUGUUCAUAGUUUUUUGAGAAGAGUGUAUGUCUUUGUGUACCCACCUAUAUUAUGUGUAUUUGAUAUUUCUAGAUACUGUAGGUGGGAUAGAUCUGUUAAGGAUGGGUAUACAAAAGAUUAAGUUAUGCCAAAGUUUGUUUAAAAUAUUCCCUUUUUUAAUUGAAAUUUUUAUUCAUUUAUUUUUUUAUAAGGUAGAUACCAGUUUUAAAUAGUGUUUUCUUCCAAUUUGCAGUGUGAGGGAUUCUAGCUCCAGGUGGAAGGUUAGAGAACUAAAGAUUGCCUGUCAUAUUUUAAUGUGCAUUAGAAUUGUCUGUCCUAUUUGUAGUCUUAGUGUGAGGUUUAAGUAUACAAGGUAUCUAACACAUAAUCAUACAAGGUAUUUUCUUUUUUUUUUUUUCUUUAAAGAUUAUUUAUACAAGAACUGGGGUACAGUCAAAGGCAGGGGAGGGUGAGAGGAUUCAUCAGAGACAGAGUGGGGAACAGAACAGGCAGACUGACUGAAAUACACUGCUGAGGGGAGCAGCGGGCGAGGCAGGAGAGGUCUGCUGCACCAUGUGGGUUGCUCCCUGGCUCUCCGGGACUUGAACCUGCGCUGCAGAGGCUGCGGACAGCUGCACAGCGCGGCGGUCUACCAGCUGCACCACCGGGGAGGACACAAGGUAUUUUCAGGAAGUUUUUAUUUCCUGUUGUAAUAGAAUUUAAUAAGUAUAGGGUCAGAAAUGUUGUGGCAUAUUUCUCAUCAACUCUCAUACAUAAUAUAAAUUAUAGCCCUAGAUAAAGACCUAAUUUUAAUGGGUCAUGAUGGUACAGGGUGUCAGUGGUGAUCUAAAAGAGGAAGUGUGAGUGCGGCAGACCUCUAGUGUCGCCUGUUGCUUCUCUUAGCGGUGUAUUCCAAUAAAUCCACCUUUUCUUAAAAAAAAUAAAUAUAAUAAAGUGUGUUUUUCCUUGGGACUAAAAAACCAAACCAUCAAACCAAGGCUGGUGACCUUGGUAAUCAGGACGAUCUAAUACACUUAUUGCACUUCGGCUAGUUGGCACUAAGGCUGGGUUGAACUUAAGUUGGAUUUUUAUUUAGGUGUAGUUUCAUAUUUAAUGAUUUUAAAUUUUAUAACACUGAAUUCACUGAAUUUUUACAGUGAGAAUUGUUCUUUAUUUUUCAACAUUUUUCUGUGAUUAUUUUAACUGUUUUCUGUUGUCCUUUAUUUUGCUAUUUAUUCAAUUCUUUCAGAGAAGAUCCUUUAUAUUCUUGCACUCUGACUGUUAAUCUUGGGUCUCUUUAUUGCAACUUACUUUUGAUGCAUUUGAUUAUGUUAGUUAAGAUACUGUGAAGGCAAUCCAAGGGGGUUGCGUUUUAUAGCAUCUGAACAACUUGUUGUGAUUAUAAGGUCUUUUAAAAGAAAAAGACAGUUAUUUUUAAUGGUGAUAAAAUAGCAUGACAAAAUUUAACAUUUUAAAUGUUUUCGAGCAUGUAUUAUAUUCAUUGCCUUGGCAUUAUUGUGUUCAACCAUCAAGCCAUCGCUCCAAGGACAUUUUUAUCUUGCAAAACUGAGACUUGAAAUGCAUUAAACAAUAACUCCUUGUUUCUUCCUUCCCCAACCCCUGACAACAAUGUUUUGUUUCUGUCUCUUUGAAUUUGAGUGUUAGAAGUACCUCAUGCAAGGGGAAUCCUAUAGUAUCUACCCUAUAUUCUGUGACUGGUUUAUUUCACUUAUAAUGUCUUGAAAGUUCAUUCAUGGCGUAGCCUGUGUUGGAAUUUCCUUUCUAAGUCUGAAUAGUAUUCCAUUGUGUGUAUAGUCUGUUUAUCCAUUUAUCUAUUGAUGGACACUUGGCUUGCUUCUACCUUUAGGCAUUUGUGAAUAAAGUUGCUAUAAACAUUAAUGUAAAAAUAUUCUGCUUGAGUCUCUGCUUUCAAUUCUUUUGGAUAUCGCCCCACAAAUGAAAUUGCUAGAUCAAAAGAUAAUUCUUUUU